AACGAGCCGCAUAUGCACAUGAGAUUACAAACAUAGCAUAUCGGACUUUAAUAUUGUGGUAAUAAUGUAUAUGGCCACACGAACAUAUGUACACAUUAUCUGUGUCAUUAACUGGGCGAUAAUUCUCUCUCUGUGCGUGGCAUUCAACAUGGCGGGCUACGGUCAGCAAGACUUCAACAGGAGUGCUUUGACGCUCGACAGCGGAAGGGCCUGGUACACCGGACAAAGAGCGGAAAAGAUUCCUAAUGGACUGAUGGGUGUCGUUGGUCACGAUUGUCUUGGCUUGGACCUUUCCUACAACGAAUUGACCACUAUUUCUGGCGUGAAAGACUUUGAACAACUUCAGGAAUUAAUUCUAGACAACAACAAACUCGACAGUCUCAAAACGUUACCGCGUAUACCAACUUUAACCACUUUGAGCUUGAACAAUAAUAAGAUAUUCAAUAUCGACAAAGCCCUUGAUAGGAUAAGAGAAUGUUGUCCCAACGUGGAGUAUGUGAGUCUCUUGGGCAAUCCUGGCUGCCCCGAUCAGCUAACCAAUCCGACAUCCACCGACGAAGACGAUUACGAGCGUUACAGGCUAUACGCCAUCCAUGUUUUACCUCCGAGUCUUCGCUUUCUAGAUUCCCGAAAAGUCACUCAUCAGGAGAGAUCGAAUGCUAAGACUCGCGGCAAGUAUUCCAAAACAAUCAAACUGGUCCCGGAAUUAAUUCACAAGUCCGCACCCAGUUCGACGCAGACCAGCAAUGAGUUCGACGACAUUUAUUUCAACAUCCAUUAUACGCCUUUGCCGAGCUCCCAGCGCACUCCUCACGAUCAUAGAGGUGCGUAUGGCAAGUGCAAGUACCGAUAUUCUGGCAAAAACUCGGAGGGCAACAGAUUCAUCUCGAACAAUGACCUUUAAUUGAGAACUGCAUGUUAUUUGUAAGAGUGGCCUUAAAAUAUUUUUCUAAUCAGAUAAGAUUGAUAUUAAUAAAAGUUAUCAAUUAGAGCUCGACGUUAAUAAAGUUUAUCGCAUAUCGUACGAUUAAUAUCUAGUUUUCAUUGGCGAUAAUGAAAACAUGCAUAGAGAUUAACAGGUUAUAAACAAUACUUAUAUCAUGAUAAUAAUUACAUAUAAAUAAUGUAUAUAACAUCGACAAUAAAUAAAAAAUCUU